AUUUCAUUGGUUUGUUAAAGCAUGACUUAUGUAGCUUUGCUUCAAAAUAUACGUGUUUAGGAGAAUAUGUAGGAGUCAUCGGAAUGUGGAUUAUAAACUUAAUUGUGUGUCUAACUAUCGUUCUUCAAAAGUUGCAACCUAUGUUUAUAAAUAAUAGCAUUAUUCGAUAAUGAAAACAAAAAAAUAGAUAGCAUCGCAUGAUUAGUAGUGAAAAAAGUGAUAUUCAACGAGAUAUGUUUUAUGCCUUUUAAUGUGAACAGGUUAUGAACGUAGGUGGAACAUAUUGGCAUGCAAAAAAAAAAAAGAAAAUAAAGAGAAAGAAAGAAGAACCGGUGUGACGACUUUCGAAACGUCUGUUUAUGUGGAAAAAAAAAAGAAGAAAGGAAAGAGGUGGAGAUAAAAACAGUCAGGAAGAAAAAAGAAAUAGUUAGGAGUUUAUAUGCGACGCACGCGUGUAGAAUACAUGUAUGUGAUUUUCCGCAAAUUAGCCGCAUACGUACACAGUAAUAGAUUAAUCCAAACGAUAUUCAUUUAAACGUAAUGUUAAAAACGUAAUAAAAAACGAAUAUGUAAAAAUACGUUUAAAAAAACUUUACUUUAGUGGUGUGCAAUCAUCGUUGGUGGAUGCUGUUUAUGUGCAUAGAGAUAUCUAUAUAUAUAUAUAAAUAAAUAUAUAUAUAAAAAUAUAUAUAUAUACAUAUAAUAUUUUUUCUUUUAACGUGAUACGAAAAACUGAAAAAUGUUAAAUCAAGCGGUCGUCGAGGCCCUAUAUUCAGCAACUUAUAUCGAAAAUUAUUUGGAUUGUGUUGAAAAUCUACCAAACGAUUUGCAGAGAUAUGUUUCGCGUCUUCGAGAAUUAGAUGCUACUUGUCAAACAUAUUUAAGAGAAGUAGACCAACAACAGGAUACACUAAGAAAUGAUAUAGACUCGACUGUGAGAAGAAAAGCACUUGCAAGGGUUCAACAAGCACUUAUUGCUGCUCAAGAAAUAGGAGAUGAGAAAUUACAAAUUGUACAACAAGUUCAAGAUUUAAUAGACAGUAAAUCUAGACAGCUUGAUGUAGAUUAUCGUAAUUUAGAUUUUGGUAAAGAACAAGAGAACUGUGAAUCCAAUCGUGAAUCAAAUGCGAAUAUUAAUUCCAACUCUUCGACCAAUGCUAAUAAUGCUGAACGUUUACCAAAGCGAGCUAGAAGAACAAGAACAGAGACACUGGUCGAAUCAGGACAUGCCAUGGAUAUGAUCGUAGUAUCUGAAACAAGAUCCAAUACUUUGACCAAUGCAAGUAAUGGUAAUCAAAAGAAAACUACGACAACUAAUACAGGUAAAAAGAAGAAAAGGAAAUCUAGGCAAGGCAAUCAACAUAAUCAACAUAGGGAGGAUACUCCACCACCAUUGGAAGAUGAUCUUGCGAUAGAUCCAGAUGAACCAACGUAUUGUCUUUGCGACCAAAUUUCCUAUGGAGAAAUGAUACUUUGUGAUAACGAUUUAUGUCCGAUAGAGUGGUUCCACUUCUCUUGUGUGUCACUCAGUACUAAACCAAAAGGAAAAUGGUUUUGCCCAAAGUGUCGAGGAGAUCGUCCAAACGUCAUGAAACCAAAAGCACAAUUUUUGAAAGAACUUGAAAGGUACAAUAAAGAAAAAGAAGAGAAAUCGUAGCAGACAAAGUAUGCUUCAAGGUUUUAAGAAUCAAAAAUAAUUGGGUGCAAAACAAUAUUUAAUGUAAUUAGAAUCCAAUUUAAUUUCUAGGAAUGUUUAUUUA